UGAUUGGUGAGGCUCUCUUGUUCCUGAUUCUACCACCUGGGGGGUACCUGAGUGAUUCUGACAGCUGGUAUAAGCCAGGCAACAUAGCAGGAGCCAAUCCAAUAUUUUGGCAAUACUUCAUAGGCUUUAUUUCCACAGACCCAAUCAUGUCCUACUAGAGCUUCCCAUGGGCCUUUGUUGAAGGGGGAAAGACUAUGUUUUCGAUGGUUGAACUUAUGGAACCUUUGGUAGUAGGGACCAGCCAUUUCCUGCCAAGGAACACCACCACCUGGAUCAUGAGGGUUGCUAGUUCUGUUCCGAAAACAGACUCCCCAAUCAUUCAGGUAUUUCCAAUCCCAUACCUGAUGACCAGCAGAAUUGGCAAAGGCAGAAGAAUGGAUCAUGUUAUCAAUAGAAUAGUUACAGGAAGCAUGAAAAUCAUGAUCAUGUUGGCAGAAAGUGAUAUUCUGCGUGUGGUUAUAAUGGAGAAUUUUAUAUAUCCACACAUAUAAACAUAGAGAUUAGAAGGCAUAUGUUUAUGAAAUAUAAUAAAAUCACAAGGAACUAAGCAAAAAGGCCCAGUCCUAUGAGACCCUAAAAUCUAGUCUCAUAGAGAAGCAAGUUCAGCUUGAACUUCUCAACUCAUGAAAUGAAGCAAACAGGACUGUGUGUGUGAUUAACUUUAAUUAAUGGGUAUAUUGUUCGGAAGCAAAUGAGCAUGUAACCCAUGAUUGAUAUUUUAAACUGUUUGAUGCUGGGAAAUUAAUUAUUAGUGAAAUAGUUGCCAAUCAUAAAAGGUAAAAGAGAGAGAGAGACAAGCAUUUCAGACCGCUGUUAAACUCUGCUUUAUUAUUUAGAUACAAAGUUAUUUUACAUAACAAGAAGCAGUUGUUGUUGUUAUGUGCCUUCAAGUCAAUCAGUUUCUCCAUAUUCUGUCCUUACAGUAGCCUCUUGUCCAGAGUAUAGGUUGCGCCUCAGGACAACGAGAUGGCUUUUACCCUGCAUUUAGAUCACUGGGACUUCAGACUUAGUAAAAUAAGAAAAGCUACUUUAUUUUUAGAAAUACAUAGUAGAUAGGAAAGGCAUACCUACUUCUAACUAACCAAGUUGGAGGCGCAACGCCCAGACGUGGGAGUUGCCCUCGUGGCUCAGGAGGGAGAGAGGAACGUCUCUGCUCUUCCAGAUAGUUGGAGAAGAGAGGGAGGAAGGAGGAGGGGCAGAUAAGCUUCCCUGAGACAAAUCAGUCUGCAACGGAAGGAAGACAAGUCAGAGCACAGCACAGGUGAAGGUAGCCAAGCCUAGCCAGCUGGAGGACCCUCACGCUCUCUCCCUUAUAUUAACAUCAGCAAGAACAACUCAUCAGUGGCUCUUGCCACACUCCCAACACUGCUAACUGUGAGCAUGGAUUGUCUCCAGAAGAGAUUUUGAGGCAUGGCCCACGUGCAUGCCCUUUUCACCACCUUUUCUCUCUCAUCCUUCCACGUUAAAGUUAGCGGAUGGAGCCUUGUUGAAGUACUGCUAUGUAUUAAUGGAUGCUGUUAGAACAUUGCAUUCAUAGGUCAAAGAGGCCUUUUCAGAGCCCCUCACGGAGCCUGGUCAUCCCACUCUUGGUGGCAAAGUCCAUAUCUAGUGACUCUGAUGGCCCGUUCUGCCAUCAAGGUGCACACAAUUGGACAUGUGUCACAGCGCAAGAAAGUUGGAGCUGAACCCAGAGGCCUACCUUCUGAACCUCUACCGACUGAUUCGGUACCUGAUGCAAGUGAAACAAAUCGCUCCUUCAUCAACAGUGGUGUGCCCUAGAAAUCCGGUGGAACUGGGGGACCCCAACAUCCUCAUCUGCUCCGUGGACCGGUUCUCUCCCCCGGUGCUGAACAUCACCUGGCUGAAGAACAAUGAGGUGGUCUCGCAGGGCAUGGAGGAGACGGAGUUCUACCCCAGCUUGGACAACACCUUCCACAAGUUCUCCUACCUCACCUUUGUCCUGGAGCAGGGGGACUUCUACGUCUGCCAGAUAACCAAGAAGGAGACAGGUAGCCCUUUCCUGACGGUUUCUCUGCAGUGCCCUGAAAUGCAUCUCCCAAGACUUUGUUUCUUCAGUCAGCUGGAAGGACCUGCUACUUGCUUGCCCAUGUGCUCACCUGGCCUGCUCUGCCCUCCCCAAAGCACCCCACUGGCAUCAAAAGAGCAACAGAGAGUCGAAGGCUGAUGUGGCAUCAGUGCAUCUGGGGAACUCCACGCUGGUGUAUUUCAGCAUCAGCCAAAGAACUCAGAUAUGCCAUACUUUUAAAAAGAUGGUUUCUGCUUGCCAUAGGACAGGAUGAGGGCCUCUGAGGGGCAUUGUACUGUUCCCAUUCACAACCCCCCCUGCAACGUCUCAGAUUUUAGUGGGCACUUCCACUUUUUAAAGCCUCAUGCCACAUUUAUUAGAGCAGAAAUGUAUUAGUUUCUACAACCAAAGAUUAAACGUUUUAGGAUGCUAUCUUGUCUAUGCAAUAUCAGGUACAGAAUGCACACCCCUGUGAGAACCCUGACCUAGGAGGGUUAAUUCCCGCUCUUUCCAUCUGCAGGACGAUGCAAGCGAGACCCUCUGCUCGGGUGAUGAGGCUGCACAGUGUCCAGGGCAGAUUCCUUGGCUUGGACUUGGGGUGCUAACACUCCCCAGUCAUGGGCUCUCCCCAUCUGAUGCCCAGGGGUGCAGGUCUCCUCCUGGCCCUGUCAGAGGCGGGUAUGUCAUAUUCUGGAGAGUUGGAGGGGAGGGGGCUUCUUGCCUUGCAUUGAGGGCAUCUGCAGGGCACAAGGAGACCCUGUGCCAACAGCCACAUUUGCAACAAAGUGUGGCAAUUCAUCCACACCACAAUCACCCCCAUCUCCAGUUUUUGGAGAGAGGUUUGCUCAGUUCUGUGAGCUACACUGCAGUGACCUCAGGUGCUUGAUCCAUCGCUGUCUACAGGCCCCAAUAUCAUAUUCAUCCAGGUACAGAAAUGUCUGUCUGAAGAGAAGGCUCUCUUUUCUCCUGCAAAAUAUUCCAGGUGGCAUCUGCACAAUCCAAACUCUGUUGUUCAUAGACAUGCGCCAUGUUUCCAAAAACAAUGAAUAAAAUUCAGAUUUUGAGGAUGUG